GGACCUGCGCAUUUCCGCAGCCUUUAUUUUUGUUUCAUUGUAUUCAAAGCCAGUUAGGAUCGCGAAUUCGACGCACAACACGUCUGAAAGUUCCGAGCUAAAUAUUCAAAUUAAUUGUUCGCGCGAAACUUUUUGGUGUAAAAAAAAACAGUAUUAAAGUGAAAUUGUUAUUGAUGUGAACAUUUAAAAUGUGUUCUAUAAAAUUAGUUUUAAUUCCUGUGAUCCUGUAUAUAGUUUUUGCAAAAGACGUGCCCAGUAUAACCACAUCCCAGACAAAUGUAACAGUCGUGGUGGGCCGUGACGCAUAUUUAACUUGCAACGUGGAAAAUUUACAAAACUACAUGGUGGCGUGGUUGCGAGUUGAUACACAGACUAUACUAACAGUGGGUCAGUUGGUAGUUACAAAGAACCCCCGAGUAGGUGUAUUAAGUGGCCCUCACUCCUGCACUUUGACACUAAAAGACGUACGACAAAGUGACGUUGGACGAUACAUGUGCCAGCUCAACACUGACCCUAUGAUAGUACAAGAACAUCAGCUUCAAGUUUAUGUUCCACCGGAGAUCGUGGAUUCCAACAGCACGGGUGAGGUGAUUGUGGCGGAGGGUGGCAGCGUAGCCCUCCACUGUACGGCAUCAGGCAGCCCACAGCCCAAUAUUACUUGGAGAAGGGAGGACUCUAAACCUAUAUUCAUUGCUGGUGAAAAUGUGUUGAAAUGGGAAGGCGAGUGGCUGAACAUUUCUGUGACUAGAAGAGACGUGAACUGCGUACUUCUCUGCAUAGCCAGCAAUGGAAUACCACCCAGCGUCAGCAAGAGGAUACUUUUAAACGUCUUGAGCAGACCAAGAGUGAAGACGUUCCAGCAACAAGUCGGAGCUUACAUCUACAACACUGGUACAUUGAAGUGUCAUAUUGAAGCUUACCCUGCUCCAGAGAUACACUGGAGAGAUAUGAACGGGAAUAAUCUAGUGAAUGGUUUAAAGUACGAAACAAAGACAAUCUCACGUGGUAAUGUACACGUAGCCAGUGUCACAAUAAACAACGUGACAAGAGAGGAUGCAGGAGUUUAUCAAUGCCUCGCAAAAAACUCGCUUGGGACUGAAAGUGGCAAUAUCACAUUUUACACGCUGGCCUUAUCGACCGAAAUCAGCACUUCAACGGUUCGAACUGUGACGUCAUCGAACCCAGUUACCACCGCGACGAACUUUACUUUCUCAGAGUUUGCUGCGACUGAAAUACAUGAAGAACCCCUAACUUCUAUUUUCCCUGUAUUAGUCCAACAUCAUUUGCAGAAACCAGGCAAAACAACUGUUUCGUGACUAGAAACGAAUCCCGACGCUUCGGCAGCGAUGUCUAUACGACUGAAACAUACUAUGCUUAUAUACAUAGUUUACUUAAGCAUUAUUCGUUAAAAAAACUCCACUAAGUUAAAUAUACGUACUUUUAUUUAAUUUGGUUUAGUUCUUUACUAAUGAGUUUAUUUUUAUUAUGUGAGACAAUAUUUAUUUAUUCCAACUUUUGUCAAAUAGGAGAAAAAAAUUGAUGUGCGUAACCAAAAUGGGGAAAAGUAGAAGAGUGAUGAAAACUGCUAUUGUAUAUA